UCAAGAAUGAAGCCGCGGACCCUCGUGACUCCUCUCUGCCUCAAUUGCUCUGUCCUCCCUGGAGACCUGUAUGCAGGGGGUGCAAGGAGCCCCAUGGCUUGCAAUGGCAGUGCGGCCAGGGGGCACUUUGACCCUGAGGACUUGAACCUCACUGACGAGGCACUGAGACUCAAGUACCUGGGGCCCCAGCAGACAGAGCUGUUCAUGCCCAUCUGCGCCACGUACCUGCUGAUCUUCGUGGUGGGUACUGUGGGCAAUGGGCUGACCUGUCUGGUCAUCCUGCGCCACAAGGCCAUGCGCACACCCACCAACUACUACCUCUUCAGCCUGGCUGUGUCGGACCUGCUGGUGCUGCUGGUGGGCCUGCCCCUGGAGCUCUAUGAGAUGUGGCACAACUAUCCCUUCCUGCUGGGCAUUGGUGGCUGCUAUUUCCGCACGCUGCUGUUCGAGAUGGUCUGCCUGGCCUCAGUGCUCAACGUCACUGCCCUGAGCGUGGAACGCUAUGUGGCCGUGGUGCACCCGCUCCAGGCCAGGUCCAUGGUGACGUGGGCCCACAUGCGCCGAGUGCUUGGGGCCGUCUGGGGUCUUGCCAUGCUCUGCUCUCUGCCCAACACCAGCCUGCACGGCAUCCGGCAGCUGCACGUACCCUGCCGGGGCCCAGUGCCGGACUCAGCUGUUUGCACACUGGUCCGCCCACGGGCCCUCUACAACCUGGUAGUGCAGACCACUGCGCUGCUCUUCUUCUGCCUGCCCAUGGCCAUCAUGAGCGUGCUCUACCUGCUCAUUGGGCUGCGACUGCGGCGGGAGAGGCUGCUGCUCAUGCAGGAGGCCAAGGGCAGGGGCUCUGCAGCAGCCAGGUCCAGAUACACCUGCAGGCUCCAGCAGCGCGAUCGGGGCCGGAGACAAGUGACCAAGAUGCUGUUUGUCCUGGUUGUGGUGUUUGGCAUCUGCUGGGCCCCAUUCCAUGCCGAUCGCGUCAUGUGGAGUGUCGUGUCACAGUGGACAGAGGGCCUGCGCCUGGCCUUCCAGCACGUGCACAUCAUCUCUGGCAUCUUCUUCUACCUCGGCUCGGCGGCCAACCCCGUGCUCUACAGCCUCAUGUCCAGCCGCUUCCGAGAGACCUUCCAGGAGGCCCUGUGCCUCGGGGCUCGCUGCCACCGCCUCAGACCCCGCCACAGCUCCCACAGCCUCAGCAGGGUGACCACAGGCAGCACCCUGUGUGACGUGGGCUCCCUAGGCAGCAGGGUCCACCCCCUGGCUGGGAACGAUGGCCCAGAGGGGCAGCAAGAGACUGAUCCAUCCUGAGUGGAGCCUCAAAGUGGCUUCACCUGGAGGGGCCAGAGGGUCACCUGGAGCUGGGGAGACACAUCUGCCUUCCUCUGCAGGGAUGCCUUCACGUACUGUCCCUAGUUCAGCCUAGAAAUUCUGACCAGCACCUCAGUUUCCUUCAGAGGGAAACAGCAGGAGGAAGGAUCCCUGACUGCUGAGGACUCACACUGACCAGACGCCACACCAUGUGCUUCUUAUCCCUCCACUGCCACUCCCCCAGUUCAAGUCCUUCCCCUGCAGAUAUAUCACAGUUAGUUGGGGCUCAGCAGUCCUCCCUCUGGGGACUCCCUGCCACCACUGCCAGUUUCUGAAACGGUCCCACUGGGUCCUUGCUGUCCUUCCCAGUUCCUGUUUGGUUCUGGCAGGGGCCCAGGGAUCCAGGGGACCUGGUUCCAAUCUCAGCCCUGCUGUCACCACCUUGUCAUGCGCCAUCAAGCAUAUCAGUCUACCUUUCUUUUUUUUUUUGAGACGGAGUCUCACUCUGUCGCCCAGGCUGGAGUGCAGUGGCAC